AGUGGUGGAGAUUGAGGCUAUCUUGGAUCGGAUAUCUGGGCGUGGGUUCCUACCGGCUGUUCCUCAUCCCGUUCUUCAACUGGAUAAUAUCAUAACAGACUUCCAUGAUUCUUGAGGGUUAAGUGGGGCUUAGCCAGAUUGUCCAACUAUAUCCCUGACCCCACCGCCUCACAUGCACAUCCAUAUCUACUUCUUUCUUACUACUACUACUGCUGCUGCUACAUCCAUGAAAUACUUCUACUUACCCAUCCCAGGCCACCCUUUCCCCUAUUUAAACCCUAUUUAUCUCAUUGAGUUGGAGAAAAGAGAAAAAAGAAAGAAAGAAAAAAAGAAAGGUAAGAGCGUAGAAUUUCAUCCUUGGCCUUGUACCCAGUAGACAAACAAGAUCUUCAUCUGCUACAUCUAGUUUGAGUAGAGAUCAUGGAAGUGGCUGUGGAAAUUGAAGAUGAUUUGUUCUUCGCAGAUUUAAACAAACAGAUCUCUCUUUUAGUCAUGGACGAUGAGGAAGAUGACCAAGUUGCAAACUUUCCAGUGUCUUACCAGGAUUUCUCUCGAGCAAUCCAUCCACCUGAGCGAUUUCCUCCAAUUCUGUACGAGCAAAUUACAUGCCGAAGAGAAAGCAAAGGGACCGGAGUUUUCAUCCCUCAGUUGUCACAGCCUAAAAGGAAGCACAGACAAGGAAGAUCAUUUGCUUCUUACAACGCAAUAUCCCGUAGAAAGCCUGAUGCUACAAGGAUGGUUUCUCAAGAUUCUUCAAACCAUUCUAAUUUCAAACCGAGAAAAGGUUGAUGAUCAGAAGAGACCCUUAUGAAAUGUAUAAUUGAAUAAUUUCUAGUACUAGCUAGUUCAAUAAUUAGGAACGAAGCCUAAAAUAUUAAGAUUUGUAAAUGGCGAUCAUGGAGAGGUACUUUGUCAAAGGUUUCUUCUCCUCUCCAAUAUUUGUGAACGAUUGGCCGCAUGUAUGGCUAGCUGUCAAUUGUACCGUUCAUUAAUUUUAAGGGAUUGACCAUC